AUGACUGUUAAGCUAACCCGAUCAGCUUCUAACAAGUGUGACAGUACAUCUGCUAUUACAACUGCUUCUGACGUCUCCGUGGAAUCUUGCACUAGAGUCCAGAAGGCCUCGGGGGGCAGCAGUAAAAAUAAACGUCACUUGCUGUUAAGACGGGUCACCAGUGAUGUGAACUCUGAUUCUUUCUGGCUCAUCGAGAGGCAGAUCUCCGAAGACGCGCCCUAUGCCGGCAUGCUCAUCGUCCUCAUACCAGGAAACCCGGCGGUUGUGUCUGUCUACCGCGAGUUUGCUAUGAUGCUGGUAACCAAGCUCAAGGGGGCUGAGGUUCUGGUGGAAGGGCAUGCAGGACACUCCCAACACAGUCAGCAACAGUUCACCACCCUUCAGGAGCAAGUGGAUCACCACGUUAGACUUCUUUCUAGACGCAUCGAUCCCACCAAGCAUGAGAGAGUCUUGCUACUAGGACAUUCAAUUGGUGCAUUUAUUCUCCUCGCUUUUCUCCAACGAAUCUGCCACAACUUCCCAACGGUGAAGUUUCAA